AACUGAAGUCUUUCGCCUUUACGGUAGAACGUGGUGGAGGUCAGAUACACCGCUGUCGAUUUGGGAACAUCCUUGGAAAUAACUUCGCUCCCCACGUUUCUGUUUAUUUUCACGUAAUUUGAAGGACAUUAACAUAUAGUUAUAAUUUGUUCCUGAUCAGACUUUUUUCCAGAUUUGCUGGCAUCAAGUUGUAGUUAACUAAAAUUUAGCAGUUUGUGAACGGCUAACGUUAGCUUGCAAGCUUUGCUAGCUAACUCACUAUCGAACAUGGAUAACAACCCACCCGGUUCGAAUGGAUUUAAAGGUGGAAUGGGUGGCCUUUUUGGUGGAGGAGCCCCUGAGUAUUCAAAUACAGAGCUCGCUGGAGUGCCAUUGACUGGUAUGAGCCCACUCUCGCCGUAUCUCAAUGUGGACCCACGUUACCUGGUGCAGGAUUCAGAAGAAUUUAUUCUGCCCAUGGGGGCAAGCAAAACUCGUGGUCGUUUCGAAUUGGCUUUCUUCACUAUCGGUGGAUGCUGCAUAACAGGUGCCGCAUUCGGAACGGUCAAUGGACUCCGUAUGGGUCUAAGAGAGACCAGAGAUAUGGCUUGGUCCAAACCACGAAAUGUACAGAUUCUGAACUUAAUCACAAGACAAGGUGCUUCAUGGGCAAACACACUGGGCUCUGUGGCAUUGCUAUACAGUGUGUUUGGUGUGGCCAUUGAAAAGGCCCGUGGGGCAGAAGAUGAUAUCAACACAAUAGCUGCUGGAACUCUCACAGGAAUGCUGUUCAAAUCCUCAAGUGGUCUCAAAGGUGUUGCAAGAGGAGGCCUCGCAGGCUUGGCUUUGUCCGGAUUGUACGCGCUGUACAACAACUGGGAUCACCUAAAGGGCUCCACCCCUACCCGCUACUGACCGCCACGCCUCUCCCCAGAGGACACUGGGAUACUGGAGGAAUUACUGGCUGGGGGACGGGGUGGCCAAACCACAGACUUUUAAAAUUUGACUCGGAUCACCCUCAACCCAUCCUAUCCCAACCCAACCCCAAAUACCCACCACUUUCCCCUCUUUCUGCUCACUUCACCACUCUGAGGGGGUGAUGUGGUUCGGCUUGGCCAUUGGGACCAGAAGAUCUCUGUUUUAGGUUUUACUCAGCAUAUUUAUUAACCAGGCAAACGAUGCCACGAAAAGUGAAGUGUGUAACACUGGUGGUGUUUUUUCUUUCUAUUUUUUCUUUCAGUGUUACCCUUUCCUGCGGCCAAACGAGACGAAUGUACACACUUAAUGGUUGAUCUCUGAAGAUCAUGAUGCACUUUCAUAGUCCCAACAUGUCUUGUGUCAAGCGUACUUGUUAAGUACAAUCCUGUUCGGUCAGUGUGUUGAUACAGGUCAUCGUCUCCAAGUCGUUUUUGACAGGGGUCGUGUCAAAGUUACCAAACUGUCCGUUCUCAAGUGACAGUAGGACUUCAUUUGGUCAGCAGUCUAUGGUGUGUGUUGAAGGCCUUACCGUUGACUCAACUGUUGGUUGACAUGUGUGACUUGAAAUGCAGACUUGUUUGAAUCUCUCCUCGUACAAAUGUGCCCGUGUGGUUAGUCGUGUCCUUAAAUAAAACCAUGAAAAGUCGUCU